AUGAGAAUGCCGAAAUCCCCUGCCGAAACAUUGCAAAGGAUUUUGAUGGUUCCUCCCAAACAUUUCACCGUCGAAUACGCUAUCAAUCCAUGGAUGGGAGGUGUAGUUGACAAAGAUUUGGCCACAAAACAAUGGAAUAAUCUGAAGAAUAUAGUUACUUCACUAAAUGUUGAGGUUUUGGAACUUGAACAGCUGAAAGAGCUUCCUGAUCAAGUCUUCGUAUGCAACAGCGGUGUUGUUUGUGGCAAUAAUGUCUACGUCAGUAAGUUCCGCUAUAAAGAAAGAGUUGGAGAACAGCCAGAAUACCUUAAAUGGUUCAGAAACAACGGGUAUAAAGUGUUCGGAGACGACUAUUCUGAGACCUUCGAAGGUGGAGGUGAUGCCGUGUUUUCAGACGAGCACACUCUAUGGGCUGGGUAUGGAGAAAGAUCUACUGAAGCUGCCUAUGAUAAAGUCAAGCAAAUUGGAGAUUUCGAGAUUAUAAAAGUCCACUUAGUUAAUCCUAAGUUCUACCACUUGGAUACCUGUUUCGCUGCUAUCGACGCGACAACAGCACUGUACUAUCCAGAUGCUUUCACCAAGGAAACUCAAGCUGAAAUCUUGAAAAGAUUGCCAAACUCAAUAGCAGUCACCAAGGAAGAAGCUGAUGCUUUUGUUUGUAAUGCUAUUGCUAUUCGCAAAACAGUGAUAUCUCCAAUAGGUCUUUCCAAAAAGACUAAAGAAACUUUAUUCGCAAGAGGCUUCCAAGUAGCAGACGUUGACAUGAGCGAGUUCAUAAAGAGUGGAGGAGGAUGCCAAUGUCUCAUCAUGCGUCUUUGA